AAUGAAACACUGAAUGGCGAAAUUUUGUUUACAGGCAAACAAGGUUGGAAGCAGCAAUAAAAUGGAGUUGGAAGGUGCCAAAUGCUCGUUUGAUGAGAUAAAAGGCAAGGAGAAGCUUCCUAUUAAGACAUUUGUGUCCGAUUGUCACCGUGGUAUAGGUAAGUGGAUGAGAACCAUGCAAAUUAAGAAAUACUACUCACUACUACGACAUAUGGCACCAAGCUAAGUCGACAGUGAAGAAGGUUUUGAAAGCAAGCAAGGAGAAAGGCUGUGAGAUACUAGCAGAGUGGGCGAAAUCCAUCAGGAAUCAUUUAUACUGGUGUGCUACAUCAUCCAAAGCUGGGUUUUCAGCCCUUAUAGAAGCAAAGUGGUUGUUGUUUAUGAGGCAUGUCAAUAUUGAGCAUGAUGGGCAUCCAAAUACAUUGUAUGACAAGUGUUAUCAUGGUGAUCUUACUGAAACUAAGAAGUGGAUAAAAGUCGGUUAGUCAUAUGACACUUUUCUUCUCAAAAAUGAGUAUUAAAUUAUUUAAAAUAAACUCAUUUAAUGUAUCAAUGUCUUAAUGCCCAAUUUUCAAGGAUCAAAACCCUAUCAGAAACUCAAAAAUAUCCUAACAAAGACAACCCUGGUCAAAGAUAUCAAGAAGCUUUCACCUGUGGUCCAAACCAGCUCCUUGGAAGGAUUCCAUUCAGUACUGAAUCAUUGGCAUCCCAAAAUGAUAUGCUUUUCUUGGUUAGGGACGUACUGCAGGUCAGUACUGCAAGCUAGUAAUGAAACUUACAUCUCAUUAGUAUAUUCAACAUAAUGGAUUGGUCAUUGGUUACCUUUAGACACAUCCUAGCAUGCCUGCACUUUAAUGAGAAUGUUCAUAGAGAGACAAAGACCUCUAAGACGGGGACUCCAUAUAUACGGGUAACCUACCCAAAGUUUAAAUUAGGGGAGGAAAUGGUCCGAGAGAUUGCUGUCCCAGCAACAUAUGGUAUGUGAAGUGUUAUGAAUCCUUGUAUAAAUGCUGGUACAUGUAUAUGUAAUAUGUUUUAAUUAGUUUUAUUUAUAACACUUUCUCUAGGUUAUGUAGAUGAAAUGUGCCGAGAACUUCUCCAUCAUUGCAAUGAGGCAGAUCUAAAUAAAACAUAUGACAAGGCCAAAGAACCCAAUUCACUGACAAGCCAAUUCUCUGCUCGCAGAACUAAAGAGGAAGCUAUUAGAAACCAGGCACAGAGGAAAGGGGAAAAACCAAGUUAUUUCCGUCAGGUAAAUCAUACUAUAAAUCUGUAAGGUCUACUGAUAAUAUGCCCGUCCUAGUUUUGCCAAAGGAAAGGGAGCUAGUGAAUAAUCGAUGUUAUUAUAACAAUAAAGUAUCAUAUGCUUUGUUUAGUUGAAACUCAAGACCACCUGAUAACAAAAGAAAAAGAAAUUAUUGCCAACAAACAGAAAAAGAAGCGUAAGGCACCAUGCUGCAAAAAGUGUGGUGAGCCAAUGAAAGGACAUCAAAAGGAUACUUGUCAAUCAAACACAGCCGGUCAGCUAAACAAUUAACCAAGGGAUAUUAAAAAGUUCAUAAUUUAUUUUAAUUAAAAGUUAGAAUAUAUGUAAUAAAAUUAUAAUAUAAAAUUUAUAUACAUAGUAUCCACCUUUUAUUGUGUUCUCUGCUGUGAUGAUUUAUAUCCAGUGGUGCUUUGAGAUGGAUACCUCUUCCUGAUUUCAUUAUACAGGCAUGCUGGAAGCGGUCUAGAGUUCUCCCAUCCAAGCAUGCCGAAUAUACAUCUCACUAUCCACUGAUAUGCCACUGCACGAAGAUAUGUAAAGAUUAACGCACCUAUCAAUGUUAAGUCCCAGGGAAAGGUUGGGCAUAUGUGGGGUAUUUGAUAGAUUUUUGUUUCCCCACCCUCAGGAAUUUGAUCGACACCAUCUCCCAAAGGUGAGGAUAUUUGAAUUGGGCACCAUCUUGCAUCCUGAGGAAGAGCAUGUGUUCAGGACUGGGACAAAUGACUUUCAAGCCUUUCACCACAAAUAUGUGUGCCCAAUAGUGAGGCAUUUGAUAACACUUAACUGAUAUUUGCUUCCCCAUGCCAGGGAAUUUGACCAACAAAUUGCAUACAAAAUCAAAUGCCCCACAUAUGCCCUACCCUCCUAUAAUUAAAGAUGGUACUGUUACACACUUUGUUUCUAUAUUUCAAAAUAUUCAAAGGCAUACAUUAAAAUACAUGUUUCAAAAUCUUACAAAAUACAACCCUUUGCAAUGAUUGCAAAUAUAUAGAAAAUGCUGAUGAAAACUGACAAAAAUUAAGUGAAAUUAGUUUGACUUACUCAUUUUGCCAGUCUUGAGUUCUGCUUGUUGGUUUGCAAUAUUUUUUCCCUGUCUUAUCAGACAGAAAAGCUCCUGCAGUCUCUAGUACUAGUUUCAUAUUAAUCUAGUACUGUUCGAUGCGUAAUAAUAGGAUAGUCCCAGUGCUGUGUUAUACAUUCAGGAUAGUCCCAGUGCUGUGUUAUACAUUUAGGAUAGUCCCAGUGCUGUGUUAUACAUUCAGCGUCUUUUCCAUCGUGCGUGAAUUUGCCUAUACAUUCCAGUAUCUCUUUACAACACUGGUACUCCCUCGUAUCGUCUAACAAAGCAUCACUGCAAUGCCCACAUGUGCACCUAAAAUCAAUAUUCACAUGUCAAACAAAACACGCUAAUAAAUAAUGCAAGAACGCUUAGAUAUUCGACUGCUUUGUUCAACUUACCAUGAACUAACAGCUACGGUUUUCAUAAAUCUCGCCUCAACAGUUUCUCGCAGAAUACCAUCUUAAUCUGUUUCGUCUUCCUCAUAGUCACUAUUAGCAACAGGCUCGAACUGAUAGGGUUGAACAACAGACGAUUGCUCAACAACAUCCUUGUUAUCUAUUGACUGUUCUGAAUCUGUCUGUGAUCGAAAGUUUUUGUUAUCGGACAUUUUUUGUGUUAUUUAGAAGAAAUAUACAAGCUAUUGUCUUGCGAUUAGUGAUAUUUUGUAGUUUUCAUGCAAGUAAACAUUUUGAUCUGUCACACUGCAUACGUCACACUUUCAGAGUGCUUUUACUAACAAAACAUUUUUAUCUUUCCAAAUUUCGAAAUUUUAAUUUUUUUCAUAAUUUUUUGCAUAUACACUUUAAGGUAAAUGCUUUUCCAUUUAAAAAUAAAGAUAAAAGCUACAUUUUCCAUAUGAAGACAACUUUUACUUUGUGUAGUGCGGCACCAUGUUUGUUUUGUUUUGAAGCAAUCUCUGACUGUUACUUUUUAAACUAAAUUGCUUUAAACUGAUUGGUUGAUUUAAUCAUCACAAUGUUUUUCCACCAAUCAGAUCAGUUUGUUACAGAUUUUUGCACUGAGAUUACAAAAAAUUCCACUAUGAUUACAGAAAAUUGCACUGCUGUUUGGGAUUAGCUGCACUGAAAUCAACCAAUCACAGUAGAGCAAUAUCUUUAUGUAUAUUAUUAAUGCUAAAACAAACCUUUGUGUUUGUAUUAUAAAGAACAAUUUUAGCGGAAACUCUUGUGUCAGAAAGAUGCAAUCAUCUUUUGCUGGCAGGUUAAGAAGAUGUAGUCAUCUUUGCUUAAUCAGUUGAACCUAUAUAUCUUUAUAAUAAAAUACAUGCAUUCUGUGGGAAUAGCUUUUCCACAGGCGGAGAGAGAGCUACCAACAGUCUUACAAACAAAAUUACAUUUCAAUGAGAAGUACGUGCCAUCCAGAAGUAGAAUUAUGAAAUAGAUACAAAUAUAAACAAGGCACACAAUAUCUCACUGAAAAAUUUGCACAUUUUGAAGGUAAGUAUAAGAUACAAUAUAUGGAAAGAAUAACUGUAUUUUUAAUGACAUUGUCUUUAUCUACAAUUUUAAUAUAGUUACUUUGUUAGUGUUGUUUUAUGUAGUGUAUAUUAAAUAUCUAUAUUAUUGUCUUCAACCACAUUCAUAUAAAUCAGUUACUAAACUAUAAAUUUAACGCUUUAUGACGUAUAAAUUUAGCCCUUUAAGACAAUAAAUGAUGUGGCCUUCGUGACUCGAAUAUCAUAUUCAAUUGCUACAAAGUUUCUUUCAAAACAUUGCAUUAAAAGGGUACUUCACACAGACAUGAAUGGCUAUCACUGUUUCAAUUUUAUAGAGAAAACUUUCUUACAUCACAAAGUGUAGAUCCUAAGCAACCAUCACAUUUUCACUUUGUUCUAUCAUUGAAACUUUCCCAAGGGGAGGUGCAUGACCUUUCAGGAGAGGUGCAAAAAUCCUCAAGGGAAGUGUGCACUUCUCCACACCUCCCCUCAAAAUCCGGCCUUGAUGCAAAUAAAUCACCACAGCUAGAAUGAGUGUACUAAAAUAAGUAAAUUAUUGCAUAAAGCAAGUCCGUAAAUUGAAAUCAACACAACCCUUUUGUAGACUCUUUUGGGACAGAGGCCACAUGAUCAACAACCCCCCCCCCCGUCCGUACAGCACUACUGUUAGUAAAUAACCAUUCAUCCGGACAAACUUAUUUAGAGAGAUCAGUGAUGAACAGAUCAUGUGACCCCCAAUCACGUUGUUGUAUUCUACUUCUGUAAAACAAAGUAUUAAAAGAGAAACUGUAAUUCGUCUUAUUGUUUAUGUUCCACUGUCAUGACUAAUAAUGUAACAGGUUAUGGGCCCAGUAAGGGUAUGAUAAGGGAAGCCCAGCCUACCUUGUAUAUUUUCCAGAAACAGGAUCGAUUAAGAGAAUCUGUUCUGUUCGUUUCGCUGAUAAAUUUGGAAAUGACAAGAAUACAGAAGAAAGCCCUCAAUUAAAUAUUGAGGAUGAAAUGAUUGUUAGCUUACCACCUUGUCCAUCAGAUCCCCAACCGACAAAUGAAAACGAGAAUCAUGUAGUUCCCCCAAAUCCAGUAAGUGAUUUAAAUAAUGAUAUUGGUGAUCUCAACUCAACUGCCAUUAAUGAUGAGGGUGGGAAUGUCCAAUUACCAGAAACUAGGUACCCUUAGUCGUAACCGGGCAAAGCCAGCAAAGUAUUUAGAGCAAUAUGUUGAUAGUGACGAAGUCGAUGAGAACAACCACAUCAAUUUCACAGUUGAUUACUGCUGUAAUAUAUCAGAUGUACUGAAAACGUACCAGGAGGCAAUAUCCUCGCCUCAUUUUCCUCAAUAUCCUCGCCCCAUGGAGGAUGAAAUGUAUCCAUUAAGGGAAAAUGACACAUUUGAACUUACCACAAAGCCUGAAAAUAGAAAUACAGUGGGGGGAAGAUGGGUUUAUGCCAUUAAAACUGACCCUAAUGGGGAAGAGAAGUACAAAGCCCGUUUUGUAGCCAAGGGAUAUUUGCAAAUACCAGGUGUUGAUUAUCAUGAAACCUUCUCACCCACUGCAAGAAUGACAUCUAUUAGAAUCCUAAUGCAAUUAGUGGUGCAAUACAAUCUGACAAUACAUCAAAUGGAUGUGAAAACAGCAUAUCUGAACGCACCUAUUGACUGUGAGUUAUAUGUUGAACAACCUGAAGGUUUUACUAUAACAGGAAAAGAUGGUGAGUAUCUUGUUUACAAACUUAGAAAAUCCUUAUACGGACUGAAGCAAAGUGGUCGUAAUUGGAAUAGUGUGCUACAUUCCCAUUUAGUUAGAAGGGUUUAUUCAGUCACAAUCAGAUAGUUGUGUUUACACCAAAAUUUCAGGUAAGUCGAUGACCAUUGUGAUAAUUUGGGUUGAUGAUAAUUACAUCAAAUUGCACAGUUAUGCUAACAAAUGUGAAAGGUAAUCUAGGUAAGAGAUUUCAAAUGAAAGAUAUGGGGAAAUUAUCAUGGUUUUUACGCAUAGAAUUUAUAUGUGAACAGGGAGUAAUUAAGAUGAACCAAACAAAAUACAUUGAAAGACUAUUGUCGAAAUUCAGUAAUGGAAAAUUGCAAACCCAGAUCCACUCCAUGUGAGAUUAACUCACAUAAGGUAAGUGAGGAAAAUUCAGUGCCAACUGAUAACAGAUUGUACAGAGAAAUCAUAGGCAGUCUUGUUUACAUAAUGACUGCAACUAGGCCAGAUCUUUGUUGUAGUGUAAUGAAACUUUCACAAUAUUUGUCAGCACCAACCAUGAGUCACAUAAACACUGCAAAGCAUGUAUUGAGAUAUCUCAAGGGCACAGCUAACAGAAGCCUAAUCUUCAGGAAAGCUGAUGAGCCACUGCACUUAGUUGGUAGUUGGUAGUUGGUAGUGAUGCUGAUUGGGGUGCGUCAGAAGAUAGAUGCAGUAUAACCGGGUACGGUUUCCACCUUUGUAGCAAAGGUCCUUUGAUUUCCUGGGAGAGUAGAAAGCAACCUACAGUUGCUUUAUCCACAUGUACAGCUGAAUAUAUGUCUUUAGCUUCAGCUGUUCAGGAAGGUAAGUUUCUUUCUCAGCUGUUGGAGGAUACGGUUAAAAUUAAGUUUACUCCAGUGACACUUCACUGUGACAAUCAGGGAGCUUUAGCCUUGGAAAAAACCCUGUUCAGCACCACAGAUCAAAACAUAUUGAUAUACGUUAUCACUUUUCUAAGAUCGGAAGUUCAGAGAGGUCUCCUUCAUUUAUUCUAUGUAACAUCAAAAGAUAACUUAGCUGAUAUAUUUACCAAACCAAUAUCAGGCCCAAGAAUAAAAACGUUUGUUCCUAUUAUACCAGGAGUAUCAACUUGA